GUUUAAUAUGCCACAUGGGCCCCAGUACGCGUGCGCACAAGUGGCUCCGCCCCUUGGUACAGGGCCGGGUUCCCCAUGCUACCUGCACUCCUAACCCGUAGACUGCUGUGCCCCUUGCUGCGGGGUUCGGUUCCCACCGUAGCGUGCCAUGGCCUCUGGGAUCCGCUCCUCAAGAGAAGAUGCGCGGCCGCCCCCUCCUCCCAGCACCUGUCGGGCCUGGGACGUGAGCUUCCUGGUGGCCCGACGGCGACUGGGGGUUACGAAGGCAGGGAUGACAUGGAGGAGCGUUUUCUGUUCCCCGAGUACGUCCCGGAGCCGGAGCCCGCACCGACCCUAGAAGAGCAGCUGCGCGAGCUGCAGCAGCGGCAGGAGGAGGAGGAGCGACAGAAGCAACAGCGGCAGGAGGAGCGGCGGCUGCAGAAGUUACGGACCAGCCGCCGGGUGCACCCGGUCGUGGGGCACCCGGACCCGACGGUGCCGCGGAGCGGCCUGAAUUGCUCGGGCUGCGGGGCGGAGCUGCAUUGCCAGGACCCUGCCGUGCCCGGCUACCUGCCCAGUGAGAAGUUUCUUAGCGCGGCAGCGCAGGCCGACGGCGGGCUGGCGCGGACCGUGUGCCAGCGCUGCUGGCUGCUGGUGCAUCACCGGCGCGCCCUGCGCCUGCAGGUGAGCCGCGAGCAAUACCUGGAGUUGGUGAGCGCCGCUCUGCGGCGGCCCGGACCCGCCCUGGUGCUGUACAUGGUGGACCUGCUCGAUCUGCCCGACGCCCUGCUGCCCGACUUGCCCGCGCUGGUAGGCCCCAAGCAGCUGAUCGUGCUGGGAAACAAGGUGGACCUGCUUCCCCAGGACGCUCCCGGCUACCUACAGCGGCUCCGGGAGCGGCUGUGGGACGACUGUGCCCGCGCCGGGCUCCUGCGGCUCCCUGGCCACUUAGGGCCACAGCACCCCGGCGGGGACGGGCCACCGGACGGGCAGAAGAAUUGGAACGCUUCCACCGGGUCCCGCACCGUGCUCAGGGACGUGCGGCUCAUCAGCGCCAAGACUGGCUAUGGAGUGGAAGAAUUGAUCUCUGCGCUUCAGCGCUCCUGGCGCUACCGCGGCGACGUCUACCUGGUUGGCGCCACCAACGCUGGCAAGUCCACUCUCUUCAACACGCUCCUGGAGUCGGAUUACUGCAUCGCCAAGGGCGCUGAGGCAAUCGACAGAGCUACCAUCUCCCCUUGGCCUGGUACUACAUUAAACCUUCUGAAGUUUCCUAUUUGCAACCCAACUCCUUACAGAAUGUUUGAAAGGCAAAAAAGGCUAAAAAAAAAUGCAAAUGAAGUUGAAGAAGAUCUUAGUCAGCUAGAACAAAAUCAACUUACUCUCCUGAAAAAGCAUGGUUAUGUAGUAGGACGAGUUGGAAGAACAUUCUUGUAUUCAGAAGAACAGAAGGAUGAAGCUGCCUUUGAGUUUGAUGCUGAUUCACUUGCCUUUGACAUGGAAAAUGAACCUGUGAUGGUUGCAGAUAAGUCCACCAAACGAGUAGAACUGACCCCACAAGAUGUGAAAGAUGCCCACUGGUUUUAUGACACCCCUGGAAUUACAAAAGAAAAUUGUAUUUUAAAUCUUCUAACAGAAAAAGAAGUCAAUAUUGUUUUGCCAAGACAUUCCAUUGUUCCAAGAACUUUUGUGCUGAAACCUGGAAUGGUUCUAUUUUUGGGUGCUAUAGGCCGCAUAGAUUUUCUGCAGGGAACUCAGUCAGCUUGGUUUACAGUUGUGGCUUCCAACUUCCUUCCGGUGCACAUUACUUCCUUGGACAAGGCAGAUACUGUGUAUAAGAAGCAUGCGGGUGGUACUUUACUCAAGGUUCCAAUGGGUGGAGAAGAACGAAUGGCAGGAUUUCCUCCUCUUGUUGCUGAAGACAUUAUAUUAGAAGGACUUGGGGAAACUAAAGCAGUGGCUGACAUCAAAUUUUCUUCUGCAGGCUGGGUUGCAGUGACGCCUCAGUUUAAGGACAGACUAUAUCUCCGAGGCCAUACACCUCAAGGAACAGUGCUGACCGUCCGGCCCCCUCUCUUGCCACAUAUCAUUAACAUCAAAGGAGAGCGCAUCAAGAGGAGUGUGGCCUAUAAAACCAAGAAGCUUCCUUCCCUUGUGUACAAUUUGCAGAAAAAGAAAAAACAGAUAAAUACAUGAAGCUGACCUUGCUCAUGCCGAAUAUGAACUCUAUUGAACCUAACUACAUACAUUGAAUUGUAUUAAAUAUAACUAUAAUAAAGCUCUUCUGCUCCCA